AUGGUAGAAGAGGUGAAGAAGGGAAUUUGCACCUCUUGUACUUUCAACAAAACAGGGUGGAAAAACAUAAGAACCACAUUCAACAAUAAGAUAGGAUUCCAAUAUACCCAAGUACAAUUGAGAAACAAGCACAACAAGCUAAGAAUACAAUAUGGUAGCUUCAAGAAGCUUCUUGGACAAUCUGGAUUUGAUAAUAAUGAGUGGACAAAAUUCAAAAAGGAUGGGUUUCCUAUUUAUCUCGAGUUGUGUAUUAUAUUUGGUGGUACAUAUGCUACUGGGGAGCAAGCAAUAGGAACUGGCCAAAAUUUGCCACUGUCGGAUGAUGAUAACUGUGAAGAUGAUGAUAAUGAUUUUUUGGAAGGUUUUGGUUAUCACCACCUUGAUGAGGAAGGCUUCACACCCGCCAAUCCUAGUACUCCAGUUCAUGAUAAGCACAAUUUGGAUAGGACUCCGAAUACCAAGAGAAGAAAAAAGAGCAGCCAGUACAAUUUAAUUAUGACCCGCAAAGCCAUUGAAGAUAUGAUCAAGUCAUCCCCAGCCACCUCACAGCCACCUGUGAACCCUUAUUCCGUAGCUGCUGUGGUUACUAUCCUACUUAAUAUACUCGAGUUGGAUGAUGGUCUUUACACCAAAGGAGUGGACAAAGCAUGUGCUAGUGCUGAAUGGAGGGAGGCUUUCAUCAUAAGCACAUUCGAAAGGAGGAAUGCACUUCUACGAAAUCUUUAG